AGGGGGAGAGGGAGGACGGACAGCGGCCAGCCGCCUUCAAAAAUGGCGUCUCCGGAGGAAAAUGAGAAAAAAUAUUAAAACGCGGCCUGCUUUCUUUACACUUCCUACAUCGGUUGUUAUCCUUUUUUUACCUUCUCUCACAGCAAUUUCGUAUGCAGGCAAACCCGUCGUCGCUUUAACUUGAAUAGCUAAAGAAAGAGGAUAAAUUCGGAGCAUAUAGGGAAAUAAAAGCAUCACUGUUUUAUUUUUGAUGCGACGUUACUGACAGCUAGCAUCUGCUGCUAGCCCACAGCUCUGCUCCGGAGGGGGGUGGGAACGAUUUGCAUGCAAAGGGAGGAAGAAAAAACAGAUUUCGGAAUUGGGGAUUUCUUUGCUCGUCCAAGGAGAAUGGUUGUUACCAACGUGGCCCGUCGUUUGCAAUCUUUUCUGUUGCUAGCAGCGUAUAGCAAAGACUAGCCCGAAGAAAGGGGAGGAGAGACGGUGAAAAGGACGCAUUCAAAUCAAAUGUUAUCAGCAAUUCGUCCAUCAGCGGCCAAAUCCGAGGCAUCUUCAUCAUGACCGGGACUGAUUGUGGACUAAAUCGGCAUUCGGGGGAAUGAUAAACGUGAAAGGAACAGGAAAAGGAGAAAGACUGGCUUUUUUUGGAGGUGGUUGGAUUAUAACCCCGUAGACCCCCCUCUUUUUUCAUCCAGCUUUCUCCUCCUCCCCUCCAUUUCUCUUUCAAUAUGCUGUUUUCCACUCCUGAGGACUUGCUUAUGAAACCGGGGAAAAUAGCCUGAAACCGAGAACUGGAAAGACUGGGUUUUUUUUUUACCCAUAAUCUGCCCGUUGCUUUCGUCCUCAUCGCACACAUUGUACUGCACCUAAAUGGAUAGGAAUUACCCGGGAACAGGGUUUGGUGAUUUGGGCGCAGGAGCAGGAUGGAGUUACGAGAGAUCGGCAAAAGCAAGUCUUGUAUACGGCAGUUCCAGAUCAUCCCACCCGGAGUCUGAGCUCCUUCACAGACAAGCCUACGCCACCCCACACCCUCUGCAGGGCUAUGCCACCAAUCACCACCCAGGGAGCUCUGGCCAAGGCGGGGCUUGGGGAGCAGCUGGACGAGGUUUGGGUUUGUCGGGGCUCUUUGACACUGGCCUGCACCAUGCCAGCCCCUCUGCCCCAGAUGCCUCCGUUAUGAAUCUGAUCUCAGCCCUAGAGUCCCGGGGUCCCCAGCCUCCGCCCUCUGCUUCCUCCCUGCUCUCCCAGUUCCGCACACCAUCCUGGCAGACAGCGAUGCACACGCCUGCUCCACCUGAGCUAUUCAUCUCCGGGGCCCUUCCUGGCUCUGGCUCCUUCCCCUCAUCCUCAGCUCUCUCAGCCUAUCAGCAUCCGGCAUCCUUCUCCAGCCGCUCUUUCCCUGCCACCUCCCUUACCCUCCAGGACACCCCCACAUUUAGCCCAACAUCCAAUGGCCUACUCUCCCCACAUGAUCCUUUACUUCACAUUAGCCCCUCCCAGUCGAGCCUUGGUUUUGAUAGACUCCUGUCCUCGCAGGGUGCUGCCGCAGCUGCCUAUAGGGGUAGCCAGGAUCCAACGAGUGCCACAUCAGCCCAGGCCUCCUCUGCCAGGCACCUGCAGUCGCACCAGUUCAACCUGCUAUCGUCGCAGCUCCAGGACCAGUCAUCACAGCUGUACAAUGCAUCAGUUUUUUCUUCAGCACAGACCCAACCACAGUCCCAGUCCCAGUCCAAUUCGGCUCAGGAAAGGGCGGUACCUCGGCAGGACAGCGUCAUCAAGCACUACCAGCGGCCCACGCCUGCUCAAUCUCAGCUCUCGUCCUCUGCUGCCCACUCCCUUCAGCACUACCUCAGCUGUGGAGGAGCCGGGGUACCACAGAUUGCCACCCACCACAGGCACGCUGGUCUUUCUUGCAGCCCACUGGGGGACCAGAGCCCCUCAUCUGACCACACACCCUCAUCGACUGAACAUUAUCGGCCAAUCAUCCAGCCUCCCUAUUCUUCCUCCUCCUCCUCCUCCUCUUCUUCCUCAGCUGGGAAAGGUACCAAAAGCAGCUCCAGCAGUGGCUAUUCUUCUGCCAGCUCAGCUUCAUCCUCAAGAACUCCUCACACCCCCCCUUCUGCUUCCUCUACCUCUUCCUCCUCCUCCUCCUCAUCCGCCGCUUCUGGGGCUCAUCCCUCCAACUCAAUUCCAACUUCCAGCUCCAGCUCAGCCCCCUCCAGACAGCAGCCCCCUACUCAGCCUGCACCUCCUCCAGCCCCUCAGCAGCAGCAGCCCCCUGCGACCUCCUCCUCAGCUCCCCAGCGCUCCCCAAAUCCUGUCCUCUCAGGCUACGGUUCUCCUGUGCCUCCUGUAAAGACUCCCACUUCUGCUCUUACUGGUCAAACCCCUCCCCAGCAACAGACACAGUCAUAUUCCCCCAACCAGCCCACCUCCCAUCUGGCUCAGUCCUACGGAGGCUUCAGCUCACCACAAGCCCAGGAUCUGAGCUCUGGUACUGGAGGGAAAGGCUAUGGAAGUCUAGGCAGGAGUCAGUCUUACUCCACUGAUAUCUAUGGUUCUGACUCUGCUUAUGGAUCACUUCCAUCUUCUCUGGGAGGAGCAGGAAGCCCAUCACUUGGCUAUGGAGCCCCUGGCCACUCCCCUGCCCUUUUAAGGUCAAGUGGUUCAUCAGGAAGUGGAGCAUCAGGGGGUGGAAGCAGUGGCGGCACAGGAAGUGGAAACUCUGGCUCAGGAGGAACAGGAAAUAGCAUGACCAAUGAGAGAGGUGGAGGUGGUAGUGGUGGAGGGUCUUAUCAUAUCCCUGACUCUAGCCCCUCUCCAUCUGGCAACUCAGGCAUCAUCCGUCCAGGGUUGCACUCCCCAGUGCCCACCUGUCCCACACAAUCUCCAGGCGGUGCAGGCUCUAAUAAAUACAUCUCAUCAGUCCUGUCCCCAAUUGCCUCCCCGCAAGGUUACCCAGAUACCCGGAACCCCAGCUCCCAAACUCAGCCGUAUCACUCCUCUUCCUCCAAAUCAAAGGCAGACACUUCCAUGCUCGGAGUGGGUUCCCAGAGAUCACAAGAGGAAGUAGAUGAUGACGAUGAAUUCUUGAUUCAGCAUCUGCUGCAGGCCCAAGCAAGUCCUGGACCCCAAGCUGCUCAUCACCAUCCUCAGCAACAACAACCCCAACAGGCAUCUCAACAAUCCCAGCCUCAGCCCCAGUCAGUGCCUCCUACCACUGAUUCAAGUAAAGGGCUGGCCUAUGACAUGGGUAAGACCUCCGAGGAGAGAUACCCCCAGAGUGUCAUACGUACCCACAGUGCCACGUCGUCUGCUGGAGUUGGCAAUGCAGGGUCUGGAGGGUCGAUUUCAGGGCUCGAGAACCAGCUGGAGAUGUCGCUAAAGAAACAGCAACAACAUCAACACCAUCACCAACAACAGCAGCAGCAGCAACAGCAGCAGCAAAGGAAUGAGCGGUCUGUUGGAAGCAGCAGGAGCAGUGGAGGGAGAGGCAGUGCCGAGCAAGUGCACCCUCACCUCCAUCACCAUGACAACCUAGGAUCGGUAGUCCAUUAUGGGCGGGGUGACCCGUACAGCCAACACUCUCUUGCUGCCCAGCACUCGUCACACAGUCAGCUCGUGUCCUCACACUCACAGUUACCGUCCGUCAGCCAAAUGGAGCUCCAGAAGAAGCAACAGGAACGCGCUGAAAUUCCUUAUCCAAGGAAAACCCCAGAAGUACAGCAACAACAUUCUCAGUCUCAAGCUGCUGCCUCCCUCAUGGACUCACCCACUGAUCAAUCGCGUCAGCCCCCGCACCUGCUCCAAUCGGUGUUGUCCCACACCACCCGGAACAAGCUGGAUCCCCAUCAACAGCAUCAACAACAGCACCACAAGAUGGACUCCCAUCGGCAACACCAACCCCAUCUCAAAAUGGACUCCCACCAACCACUUCAGCAGCACCAGAAGAUGGAUUCUCAUCAGCAUCAGCAGCAUCACAAGAUCGAUUCUCAUUCUCAACACCAACAGCACCAUAAAAUGGACUCGCAUCCCCAGCAACAGCACUCCAUUAGCCAACAAGCUGUGAUGGAGAGUGCUGGUGGGACACUUGGCUCGAGUAAACAUCAGGCUCCGUCACAGUCCCAAACAACCCAACUCCAGCUCCAACUCCAAUCCCAGGCCUUGGAGGUCGCAGCAGCCCACUACAACCAUGGCCCACCUCCACAUCAGCAUGAGCAGAGCCAGGUCAAACAAAGCUCAGUGGUGUCUUCUUUGGAUAUGCUGGAGCGCUCCCUUUCUCAGACAUCCAGUACUGACGUAUCUGUUUCAGAAGAUCGACGCGGUGGUGCAGGCAGUGGGGGGAGGAGCGGUGGUAGUGGGGAACGGCAUCGGCAGCAGGAGCAGCAGCAGCAGCAGAGGCAGCACCCGUCUCACCACCACUCGCAGCACUCUGCCUCUGAACUCCACUCCUUCCUCUCUGAGCCAGACAUCGGCUUAUCCACUCCAUCUCACAUGCACCAUCUUUCUCAGCACCACUCGCAGCAGCAACAGCAUCCUAACUCUCAACACCAACAAAGCCACUCCCACCACCCUCACACACAACCCCACCCUCACCACAUACCCCCACAAUCUGCCCAAUCAGCCCACUCUCAGCCUCAGCCUGACCCACAGCAGCCCCUCCCCAGCCAGCUCACCCCCCAACAGAGCCAGAUGGACCAGCAGCGCUCAGAGCAGCACCAGUUUGACACUGUCAGCCCAGUUGAGAAGGCGGACCAGAGUCAGCAAAGUAAUCGCUUUGUGCCCCUUACUUCCAUCUGCUUCCCAGACUCCCUCCUGCAGGAUGAGGAUCGCUCUUUUUUCCCAGGAAUGGAGGACAUGUUUUGUGCUGAGGAUUACAAGUCAAGCUGUGCAGGAGGUGCAGGACCAGGGCAGGAGGAGAUGAAUGAAAGCCACACUGGGCAAGAGGGAAUGGAUUCAAUGAAAGCUGGACAGAAUGCAGGUGGAGCAGGGGGAAGUAGCGGGGCCAGCUACGAUAUGAUGGGUCACCAUGGUGGAGAUCAGGGGUAUGAACCAUACUGUCAUGGUUUGGAAGAACCCAGCAACAACACCAUGACUCUGGAUCUGGACUCCCUUAAAACCCAUGAGCUCCCUUCCACCGUAAACACUGAGCAACUGGGAUUGAUACAGUCCCAGGGCCCAGCCAUGGGAAUGGGCCCCAAUGCCGCUGGUCCCAACAACCCUGGAGCCAAGCUUUCCUCUGGGCCUGGAGGACCUAGCGCAGGAGCAGGUUCUGGAGGCCUCCAGUCUCCCAUUUUCUGCUCAUCUCGUCCCAAAAAGCUCCUCAAGUCUAGCUCUUUCCACCUUUUGAAGGAGCGCCGGGACCCCAACACACUGCCUAAAAAAAGUUAUGCUCAAGAAUAUGAGUUUGAAGACGAUGAGGAUAAAGCUGACCAGCCAGCAGACAUCCGUUUGAAUAGCCGGAGACUCCCAGACCUGUUGCCGGACUUGGUUUCCAGCUGCAGAAAGGGUGGAGCAGGAACAGGGUCACUCAGUCCUUUAAUGGGUGACAUUGACUUCUACCACUCCUCUGGAUACUCCUCUAUGGGUUCACACUCUCUUAUGCCUCAGGAAGCACCCAAGAAGAGGGGUCGAAAGCCCACUAGGCCCAAGAGAGAUGGUCCCCCAAGGCCAAGAGGUAGGCCACGCAUCCGCCCAAUGCCAGAGCCCUUCACACCCAGAGGCAUGAUGGGAGAGAUGGGCGGAACGGCAGUAGGAGGAGGGUUCAAUGUGGAGGGACGUGGCAGGGGAAGGGGCCGCGGAAGCCGAGGAAGAGGAGGAGGAAGGAGAGAGGAUAUGUACAUGGAAAUGAGCGGGAAAGAGCAGGAGCAGAUGCACCACCACCAACUCCAGCAGCAGCAGCAGCAGCAGCAGCAGCUUCAUCACCAGCCCCAGCAGCAACUGCACGAGCCGAUACCACCUCUGAAGAUCAAGUUACCGAUCGGUACCCUGUCCUCCUCCGAUGCACUGCUGAGGACGGACUCUUUGUCUGGCACAGACCCUGCUUUGUCAGACGGUUCAGUGGGCUCUGCUCCCUCACUUGGUUUAAGUCCUGGACCCCCAUGCAGCACUGAAGGCUCCAGAAACCAGGACAAGAACAAGCAUAAGAGCCACAUGAUGAGUGAGGGUGUGGAUGAAGAGGGACUAGAGGAAAGGGGUGAUGAGAAGGAUUCUGAAUCAAAGGCUGGCUUUGUUGCGUCAUUCCUGGACUUCCUCAAGACAGGGAAGAGACCUCCAGGUUUGGACAUCUCGCCUGGAAUGGAACAUGACAACGGUGAAACAUCACCUUGUAAAUCAGGUGGUCUUCGCCCUCUUUCUCCUGCACCCGCUCCUCCACCACCUCCACCUCCAUUUGGCGAAAGCGAAGGAAACGGGGGUCUGGCUCUGGGUAACUGCCCCAGCCCCAAACGCCUGGAAGACGAGCUUAAGAGGAACCUGGAGACGCUGCCCUCGUUCUCCUCUGACGAGGAGGACUCAGUCGGGAAGAACCAGGACCUCCAGAAGAGCAUCUCCUCCGCCAUUUCUGCUCUUUACGACACUCCUCAGCUCCCCUCUAACAUCCAGCCCACACUUCCUCCUCCUCAACCUCCCCAAAAUCAGCCCAACCAGUCCCCACUUACUCCUACAAUGCCUCCUACCCUUAGCCCGCAGCCUACAUUGCACACGCCACACGCCCUGCCCCUAUCCAACGAGCCUGAUGUGCUCCAGCCGGAAGAUGGGGACAUGGAGGGCAAUAAAGAGGAGGAGAAUGAGGAGGACAUAGCAGGGGAUGGAGAGAGUGAUAUGCCUGAGGAGAGAGAGCCACAGCUGGAAACACUGGGUGCCCAUGAUAUUGAUGCUUCCCUUCCAGAGAUUCCCCCAGCACCAGAAACUCCUGAACCUCCCUCCGCCCCUCCAUCACCUUCCUCAUCCUCGUCUCCUUCCCACUCUCCCCUCCCUCCCCUCUCCCUCCCCUCACCCCCGCCUCCACCAGAAGAACAACAAGAAAUCUCCCAGCCUCCGAGCCCUGUUGCUCCGACACCUCCCUCCCCUCCACCUCCCCAACCCACUACUCUCCCUCAGCCUGCCCCUGCUUCUCCCCCCCAUCCACAUCCUCCCUCUGCUCCUGCUCCAACCUCUCCUCCGCCCCCAUCUUCGGUUCAGAAGGAGUCCCCGACGCCGUCUCCGGAGUCGCCAGCCUCUCCGGAAGAGCCCCCGCCUCCCAAGAUCACCUCCCUGCACCUCGCCCAGAAGCAGGAAGACGCCGCUAUUGUUGGGGAGAGUGAGGAAGACGAGAGCGAGAGCGGAGGGGAGGGCAUCUUCAGAGAGAGGGAUGAGUUUGUGGUGCGGGUGGAGGACAUUCGAACUCUCAAGCUGGCCCUGCAGACGGGCCGUGAGCCUCCGCCCAUCUGGAGGGUGCAGAAAGCCCUCCUGCAGAAGUUCAGCCCAGAGAUCAAAGAUGGACAGAGACAGUUCUGCGCCACGAGCAAUUAUCUUGGCUACUUUGGAGAUGCUAAGAGGCGGUACCAGCGAAUCUACGUCAAGUUUCUGGAGAAUGUGAACAAGAAGGACUAUGUCAGAGUCUGCUCUCGGAGACCAUGGCGCAGAGCCACACCUGCUCUCAGGCGCCAGUCCCUCCCAAGAAUGGCAUCCCCUCCUUCCAGCCAGGCACCUGCCAAAGUAGUUGAGAAAGAGGAGAGAGUGGCUCCACCAGUCCAGCGUGAACAGAGGGAGAAAACAAGAACAUCCACCGCAGCAGCAACAAAAGAACAACGGGAGAAGAAGGAGGCUCCGGCUGCUGUUCCCAAAACUAAGGACCGGGAGAAAGAUAGGGAGCACGAGAAGGAGAGGGAGAAGAGAGUGCAGCCACAACAGGAGAAGGUGGAGAAACGUUCUGCAGCUGCAGAGCGAGGGAGAGCGAAGGAGGAGAAGGCGGUGGAGAGGAAGGAGAAGGAGAAGGCUGAGCGCCCGCCUAAGUCAAAGCCGACUAAAGUAAAGGCGGAGCCUCCACCCAAGAAGAGGAAGAAGUGGCUAAAGGAAAUACCUUCAUCGUCGGACUCUGACUCAUCUGAAGAGGCAGCCAGUGAGAAUGAAAUGCCAGUGAAAGGCGGAGUGAAUAACCGUGCCAUGAGGGAGAUGUUCAGGAGCUACGUGGAGAUGCUAGUCAGCACAGCACUGGACCCUGACAUGAUCCAAGCUCUGGAGGACACAGAUGAUGAGCUUUACCUCCCGCCGAUGAGGAAGAUUGACAGCAUCCUCAGCGAACAGAAGAGGAGGCUGUUGAGGAGAGUUGGCAUGAGCUCCCAGCAGCAGGAGGUCCUGCAUGCAUACCCUCAGAUUAUUGUGGACCCCCUUGACUCAGGAGUGGUGAGGGUGCGGUUAAGCGGGGACGCUUACAACCGAAAGACCCUCAACAGAGUGAAAAAGACCCUGCCUAAACCACAGGACCUUAAACUGUCAGCUGAUUCAUAUCGGAUCUACAGCCUGUACCACUCCCUGCAUCACUAUAAGUACCACACCUUCCUACAGUGCAAAAAGGAGACCAACACCAUCGAGCAGGCGGCCGAGGAUCCGGGCCAGGAGGAAGUGGUGCAGCAGUGCAUGGCCAACCAGAGCUGGCUGGACACACUCUUCGGCUCCUUCAUCGAGCUGCUCACGCUCAGCACCAAAGUCUGAGCCGGAUGGGAAAAAAAAAAAAGAGAGACAACAAAUUUAAAGCAAGAGGAUUUAAAAAAGAAAAAGAAAAUCCAAAAAUGGAAAAAGAUGGAUCCCUCUGUACAGCCCCCCUACCUGAUCUUCAGAUCUCUGAGAUCUGAGGAUGAAUUUUUAAGGCCCUUGACGAACACAAAGGGGUCUGUUCAUGUGACCUCGGACACUGGCCUCUGUUCUUUUUCUUGUUGUUGAUCAAUGACUAAAGAGUCGUCGUACUUUGUGAGGAGGGGGGACCCCACCCUACUGGAUCAGGGGUCGCUGGCGGGUCAAGAGGGAAUAGAAAAAAGUUGUCGAAAAGGGAGCGAAGGACAAAGAUGAGGAGCCGAAAAUGCCAAGUCAACAGAGGAUACAUCUUGUUAACCGUGUGUCAUAAAGACGGUAGUUCAAAGAGAAACUAUUACCACUUAGUUUUUACAUAAAUUAUUUUUUGAAGACUAACAUCAGCUGUCGGCUUUUGAAAAGAGUGGAAGAGGGUGAGAAUGCUUUUUAAACUGCGUGUAGAGUGUGCCGUGAGCAGCGUGAACAUGGACUUGUCCAGGAUAGAAAUGUGAUAAUAAACGCUCUCUCUCUCUCUCUCUCUCUCUCUCUCAUCCUGUGCUAUGUGAAGGGCAGCUCCAGUCCGCUGUGUGAUAAUAUAUAAACACAUUUUUAUUAUUUAUAUGAGGAGGUUUUUAACUUAACUCUCACAAGCGCUGGGAUUGCUGCCCAAACAUUUGAAAUACCUUUAAUUUUCUACAGCUUCAGUAUACCGUCGUAACCCACAUAUCCAAGCCGUCUUCCCCUCUAUACAAAACAGAACACAUGCUGAGACAGAAAUACUGGGUGUAGUACAGUGGGUGUAAAUAAUAAAAAUAGGAAGAAAAGAAAAAAAGAAGAGGAGGAGCAGAUCUAUUUGAAACUUAACAUUGUCGUGCUUCAGUUCAAUCAUCAGUCAUGCAGGUGCAAAGAAAAGAAGUAAACUAUCCAUUUCCCAUGUGGGAAGAAGGAGUAUAAAUAAGUAAUAUUUAAAGAGGAAAUAGUUCAUUUCAUUUUUAUCAUUUUGAUGUUGUGAUACUAUGACUUAUUUUGAAAACAAUCUAAUUUUCCAUAAAAGGAAAAAAAAGGCGUGUAAAUAUUGUACAGUUCUUGAUGAAAUUCUUUGUCCUUCUGUACAUUAACUCUCCUGUAUUUGAGAAACAAAUAAAAUCUGCAACGAACAAA